AAUUAUGUUUUAUUUGUAUUUAAAUAUUAUUUAUUGUUACUUAACAUGAUUAAUCUAGAUAUUUGUUAAUUUUACUUGCACAGUGAGGAAACCGUAAAAGUUUUUUUUGUAUACCUACCUAAUAUUAUUUCUUGAAAAGUCAAAAUGAAAAUCAAACAGUUUCAAAAGACUGUUGUAUCAACAUGGUCACCUAAAUCAAUUUAUCCAAUCAACAUAGCCAUGGGUACAGCUGCCCAACAAUUAGAUGCUUCAUUUAACACAUCAUCAACAUUAGARCUAUAUACUGUACAACCUAAUGAUAUAACACUCAGCUCAUCAAUUUCUACUGAUUGUCGGUUUCAUAAAUUAGUAUGGGGUGGUGCUAAUAGUAAUGAAGAAUGGGAUUYCGGAAUCAUUGCUGCAGGCUGUGAUAAUGGUGUUAUUCGUCUGUAUAAUGCUUCAAAAUUAGCUAGAAAUGUUGAUAGUUUAUUAGCUAAAAGUGAUCGCCAUGUUGGAUCAGUCAAAGCUCUCAAUUUUAAUUUAUUUCAAUGCUUAUUUAAUAAAUUUAAUUUAUUGUAUACAGUUAAAUCUGGUUAUUACACAUUUGAAAAAACCAAAAUGAACAAUGAAUUGAUUCCUAAUGAUAAUCAUCUAGAGUGGAAAUUUUUAAAAACUAUGUUUCAAAGUAAUCCCAAGGAAGCACAGCUAGAAAUACUUGGAUAUUCAAUUAAAAAAGAAGAAAAUGAUGGAUUUUAUUCCAAUCUUUCAAACAUUCAAGAAGAAUACAAUAUAGUGGCUAAGUUUGAAGAUUUCAAUUUAAAAUCUUCCAACCCUAAUGAUAUUCAAGACUUAAUAUAUCAGUCACUUCUCGUUGGAAAUUUGUCAACGGCUGCAGAUUUGUUUUUAGAUAAUGGAAAACCAGUUGAAGCUUUAUUACUUGGAAUAAUUGCUGGUCCUAAGAUAUUGUCUAGAAUACAAAAUAAGUACCUUGAGAAUUCAAAAGAACCAACUGCUGCUUUACUGCAUGCAAUUGUGACAAAAGAUUGGAGUAAUCUGAUUGAAAAUUGUGAUUUAAAAUGUUGGAAAGAAAUAAUGACUGCCAUUCUAACCUACACAAAUGGGCCAACUUUUGUUUCUUCUUUUGAAAAACUUGGCAAUCGUCUUGCAGCUUGUGAUGAUCUGAGUUUGUCAAAAUAUGCUCAGCUUUGUUACAUCUGUUCUGGUAAUAAAACAUCUAAUGCCAAUACUCAAGAUUUACGAAAAUACUCAACUACAAGUGCUACGGGAACUGUCACACCGGAACCACCUUUUCCGUCUUAUCCAAACAAAUAUAUUCAAGAAAAUGUUCCAUUUCAAAAUCAUAAACAACUCCCCUCACAUUAUCCUCCUAAUAUUCAAUCUCAGCCAGCAUAUAACAUAAAUAACCAGCCAACAUCUAUUUAUAACAAUCCUCUUAAUAGUACACCAGAGUAUGGAAAUAAUUAUAUUAAUCAAACAAAUAUACAACGGACUGUACCUCCAACACCACCGCCAGAUUCUAGCAGUAGAUGUAUGACUCCUAGCAGCAUUAAGCCAGGUAAGCCUAAAUAUGUUGUUGAUCCUUCUGUUAAAGGAAAUAACACAUAUGGCAGUUAUAACAAUGGAUUAGGAAAUCCAGUUGGACAACAAACUGGUUUUAAUACACAAAUGAGGCAACCACAUAYGUUAAAUCAACCAUUUAUACAACAAAGUGGUUUUAAUUCUUCUAUGAUACAACCACAACCUCAAAUAUUUAAUCAACCAUUUGGACAACAAAGUAGUUUUAAUUCAACAAUUGGACAACAAAGUAAUUUUAAUCCACCAGUGGGGCAUUCAAAUACUUUAAAUCAACAACUGGGACAACAAAGUGGUUUUAAUCCACCAAUGGGUCAAUCAAAUUUUAUAAAUCAACCAUUGGGACCCAAUAAACAAUUAAAUCAACAUAUGCGGCCAAAUAUUAAUGAUCCAGCUUCAGCUCAAAUAAAUAAUUUUAAUCAGCUUAAACAUGUUGAUCAGUUACCUAAUUUGAAUCAACAACCAACAUUUCAACCUAUUCAAAGUCAUUCAAGCAAUUUUUCUCAAGCAAUACCUCAAUCGCCCAAUUUUAAUCAGUCAUCAUUAACUUACAAUCAAAGAGCUCCAUCGGUUGAACCUCUACCAAUAAAUUACAUGAAAAAAUCAGUUCCUGCUGGUUGGAAUGAUCCUCCAAUGUUAUCAACUUCUUAUAAAUUACAGUUGUCUGCAUAUUUGAUUCAAUGUUUACAYGCCAUGAACGAUCUUGUAUUGAAACGGGAUUACAAUGGUGCCUUUAAUAUACAUACACAGCUGGUUUCGGGGCCGGAAUUUUCAAAAAUAUCGACUUUCAUGCCUUCGUUGAAAGCACUGUUCCAAAUGGCAUAUCAAUAUAAUAUCAGUCUUGAAGGAUUGUGAUCGAACUAUUCAAACUUAUGUUAUUGAAAAACAAUUUACAUUAGAUGGUUAAAAAAAAUGUGUAUUAAUAACACUAAAGCAAGUUAAUAUUUCUUCAAAUGUAUUUAUAUAUUUAUAAUUUAUUAAACUGGUGGUACAUAAAAUGUA